AUUGUUACCCAAUUGAUCGGCCCACUGCCCCAUGGGAGGUCAAAUGCUACCAAAAUGCUGAUGCACGCACUUACCUCACGCCUCCAUUGAUUUAUAUAUAAAUAAUGGAAACCAGAGCCCCAUAGCUCGGAGGAACGGCCUUCUCUUUCCACACGACUCUGCCAUGGCGCCCCACAGCGAUACACUUCACUGUCUUCUCUUCCCUUUCAUGGCGCAGGGCCACAUGAUCCCCAUGAUGGACCUCGCCAAGCUUCUCGCUCGCAAUGGCGCCAUAGUCACCAUCGUCACCACGCCCCUAAAUUUUGCCCGCUACCACUCUGUUCUUACUCGCGCCAUUGAUUCCGGCCUUCAAAUCCACGUCGUUCAACUCCAAUUCCCAUGGACCAAAAACUCCGGCAUCCCAGAAGGCUGCGAGAAUGUCGACUUACUUCCUUCACUUUCUUACUUAUCCCAUUUCUACAGAGUUUUAAGUCUCCUUUACGACCCAUCGGAGAAAUUGUUCGAGCAGCUCACCCCUCGUCCGAAUUGCAUAAUCUCCGACAUGUGUAUUCCUUGGACCUUCCAGCUCGCUCAGAAAUUCCAUGUCCCCCGGCUCGUUUUCUACAGUUUGAGCUGCUUCUUCCUUCUCUGUCUCAACCGUUUAUUCGGAAAAUCCGAUGUUUGGAAAUCCCUGUCUGAUUCUGAGUUCGUGGCGGUACCGGACUUCCCCGAUCCGGUGGAGUUUCGCAAGUCGCACCUACCUCGUAGCACGGAUGAUUACGCGACCCAAUUUGGUCAAGCAAUGAGCGAGGCUGAUCGGCAGUCGUACGGCGUUAUUUUAAAUGUAUUUGAGGAGAUGGAGCCAGAGUAUCUAACAGAGUAUAGAAAGGGAAGAGAAUUGCCGGAGAACGUCUGGUGCGUCGGCCCUCUUUCGCUUUCCAACGAUACCGAACUCGACAAAGCCGAAAGAGGCAACAAAGCCUCAAUCAACGAACACGAAUGCAUCAAAUGGCUCGAUGGGCAGCAACCCUCUUCGGUGGUUCAUGCGUCUUUGGGGAGUCUCUGCAAUUUGGGAACAGAGCAGCUCAUAGAGCUGGGAUUGGGAUUGGAGGCAUCGAACAAACCAUUCAUCUGGGUCAUAAGAAAAGCCAAUCUCAAAGAAGAAUUACUGAAAUGGUUAGAGGAAUAUGAUUUCGAGAGGAAAGUUUCAGGUAGAGGCUUGGUGAUUCGUGGAUGGGCGCCACAGGUUCUGAUACUCUCCCACUCUGCAAUUGGAUGCUUUCUGACACAUUGCGGUUGGAAUUCGAGCAUCGAAGGGAUAUCGGCCGGUGUCCCAAUGAUCACAUGGCCUCUAUUUGCGGAUCAAAUCUUCAACGAGAAGCUAAUCGUACAGAUUCUGAAGGUGGGUGUAAGUGUGGGAGAGGAAACGGUUUUGCAUUUUGAAAGGGAAGAUGAAGAACUGGUUCUGGUGAAGAGAGAAAAAGUGAGAGAAGCCAUAGAAAUUGUAAUGGAUGGAGAUGAGAGAGAAGAGAUGAGAGAGAGAUCAAAGAAGCUUGCGAAGAAGGCGAAGACCGCCAUGGAAGAAGGAGGUUCGUCUCAUCGGAACCUCAAACUGCUCAUUCAAGAUUUGAUUGCUCAUGGUCGAAGUUCUAAGAAUGGAAGCUGCUGAUGAUUGUGGUGUAAGUUGUUUUUUUUGAUAAUCAGCCAUAUAAAUUCUGUGAGAGGAAAUCGUAGACGGGAGGUUCUUAGAAGAAAAAUAAAAUAGGUAAAAUAAAAUCAGGUUAUUAGAUAUUUUGAACAGAUUUCCUGUUUAAAUAUAAACCAUCUUAAAUCUUAAAAAUUGGUCGAGAGUGGCCAACUAACUAAAUCUCCGUCACUCUCUACAAAAUUGUGGUUUAAAACUUUGGUGAUCCAUUCGGAUUCUGAGAUCGUGUGAAUUGAACAACUGAAAGAAUCCAGGUUUUAUCUAACAUAAGUUAUGGUUCUCACUGAGUUUAUACUUGUAAACACUUCAACACGUAAACACUUCGAUCACGAAAAGGAACAUGAUUGAUUCUUUCAAACA